GUAUACAUGUAUACACUCAGACUCGUCCUAAAACCUCAUUCGUCACGGUGUGUCGGCUCGAAGUGGUGUAUAUGUACUGGCCCAAUUCAUUUCAAAUUUUCUGGCACGAGUAAAUCUGAAAGUUUACGGAAAAUGCUGUCGUCUGCUGUGUACAAAUUUGCUCUGAUCUCCGCUCUUCUAAGCAUUCAUGUCGCCCGCCCUCAAAAGGUCAAUGUUCUUCCCUGCGUAAAUCCUGAAGUCACACCCGAUUGUGUGCUCAACGAAGUUGUUAUCAACCCUUGUCCGAAGUUCCCUUGCCAGUUCAAGUUAGGAAUUAACGUCUCGGCAGAAAUAACCUUCACCAUGAAUGCUACAGCUACUACAGCAAGUAAAGCUACCACGGUGAUACACGGCAUCAUCGGCGGGGUUCCCGUGCCUUUCAAAACUCCAUACACUGACGCAUGCGCAACAACGGGAAUCCGCUGUCCGCUGAAAGCAAAGGACGAAAACGUCUACAAAGCGCAGCUUUAUGUUGAGCCGAGCUACCCCGCUCCACUUGACUUGUACGUGAAAUGGGAGCUUCGAGAUCAAACCACGAGGGACAUCUUUUGCUUCAGAUUUCCCGCUCAGCUGGUAAGAUAAGGCGGACUUCAAUUACCGGCAGUGGGCUUCGAUGCAUUCACAUGUCAUUACGUUUACCAUACAUUCGAAAAUUUCUGCGAAUGGAUAUUUCCAUUGAGAUUUUUUAAAAUUUGAGCACAGUUUCAUAGAUAAUGUAAACCUUUAUUAUUAAAAUUAAAGAUUAGGCUUCAUCGAUAAAGUCCCUGGAUUAAAGUAACAUUCGGAAUUAUUUCCCGCCGUACUCUAGGAGAUGGUAUAAGUUUUGCAUGCAAAGUAGGUGUCGGUCCCCAUCCCUGAGGAUAAGAUCUGAAUGGUUAAAUUUGUACUAUGUUGGGGAAAAAAGGUCUGCCAAAGUUUGAUCAAAACUGUUUCCUUUUCUUUCUUUUUUCAUUUGAACAAAUCGAAAAAACAGUCUUAAAAUGCUGAAACGUGUGUACUAAAGACACUGUUUAUGACCAAUAACUAGGUUAUGACAGCUAGGGCCUACUGAGAAAUUCUGACAGCUUAAAGUCAAAGGGUAAAACAGUAUGACUUUUUGACUCGGAGUGGGGGUAAUAGAAGGUUUACGCUGUUCAGUCUGCGUUCAGUUCAUGAUUUCCAUUUCACUUUGCGCCGGUGAUGUUAAUUUUGUACCAAUCAAUGAUUGUUUUUAAAAUUACAAAAAAAUACAAGGGACUUCAAACGCACGAAAUGAUCCUCCCUUCUGUCGUAUCUCCGUUUGGAAAAUGCACGGACUCUGUCUCAGUAUUUCCACAAUUUUCCGGGAAUUCGCUUCUUGUUGAAAUAAAAUGAAAACUGAAAUAGGGUAUCAGUCAACCAAAUUCCCAUCUGUGACACAUGACUAUACGUCGACAGCUAUGUACUCGUGAAAAUGGUAAACAGUUUGUAACUCUGAAAAAAACCACACACACAGACAAUACACUGGUCGGUAAACAUCUGCCGUGAUGUGACGAAGUCCGCCGUGAUAAGAACUAGGCUAGGUCAAGAGUGCCAGUUCAAACAAUCACAUGAACAUAACAUUCACCAUACAAAGCGUAAUUUCAACAGCUUUUUAUUUCUGUUUCAAAGUGCACAAUAAUAGGUUUUCCCACUCAAAGUCGUAAGAUUUAAGUGGCUGAAUCAGCGUCCUCCAGGAUCAUUCGUGGUUGAUUAAUUAAGAUGUCAUUUUCUUCAAAAUCAUCAAAUAGAAUAAAAAAUCAUCUGAAGAAUAAAUAUGCUACAUGUUCUAUUUUGGAAUUCCUUUGCUUGUAUUUCAUUUGCUGAGUUCAAACAAGUAAAUCUAUACUGCCGAAUCCUCCGGGAGUUUUUUGAAUGGACAUUUUUAUUCUACGGACAGUAUUAUAAAAUCAUGCGCUUAUGUACCCAAAUCGAGCGGUGACGUUGGCUGAUUUAACGUUGAUCAGAGUAUGCAUUCUCAUUCAAACGAAAUGAUUUAUUCUUUAUCCGUUUGGCUCCUUAAUAUAUAUGUUCCCUGACCGGGAAAACAUUCAUAUGUACAUUGGCACAAGAUGAGGAAAUGCCGUGGACUAGCAGAUCACAAUGCAUUUUACUGUUCUUCUGAUGUCGACAGUUUUUUUUUCCUGCCAGGUGGAAUGGUCUAUCAAAUACGGGCGAUGACGAACUGUUACAGUAAACCAAGCCGAAAGCAAACCGUAGUAAUCGGUGAUAUCCUACGUAAACGUGUGUAUGGACUUAAUACACGUGCAAAAACUUGGACUUUAUUUAAAUUAUCACGUCCGCAUUGGUUUUGCUACGAUCUGUGACAAAUUACAAGGUUUUGCUUAUAAACAGCCAGAAGGAACGAUUUCAGAAGUCAAUAAAUGGAUAUCUCAUAAUAACUAUCUUACCUUUCUUAAAUAAAAACAUCUUGAAAGCAUCUUCAAAACACUGGACAACUUCAAUUAACUGGUAAAUUCAAAACAUUGAAGCGGUCUCAUAAUCAAACGGCUGAUUCCUACACAUCCGUGCUGGGCGCUUUUUUCUUUAACAGAACCGCGCUGGGAAGGAGUACAUAUUUAAAUUUAAAGCAUUCAUCGCUACGUAAAAUAAGUCAUCGAUUUUUGUUCAGUCUUUAAGUUUUAAUCCGAUAAGCAAUAACCAAUUAAAUGUCGCAAUUCAAGGAAGAAUGGGCUUGCUAAAUUCAUACACAUUAUACAGAUUUGUCUAAUCGAAAAAUCAAGCAACAACACAAAGAUUAUCUUACUUAUAAACACAGGUUUGACUUUUGGUCCCACUAUAUCGGAAAGAAAUAUUGACAAGUUUUCUGUCUAAUUCUAGGUACUGACAUCUGUGGUGGAAAUGUUCUCGAUUUGUUUAACCCACAGGAACGGAGUGUGACAUAGACGAGGGCGCUCCUGUGCAAAUUGCGGACAAUUCUUAGUACUCCUGGUAUGAGCCCCGAGCUGGGUCAAGAGAGGGCGCAAUUUUCCAAGCAAUGCAAGCAGCGAAGUGCAGUGGGAACUGCACU